AUGGAAGACAAAUCUGAUAAAAUCCUUACGAAAGAAGAGGAGGGAGAGGAAAAGCUUCAUUUCAAAGUUGUGACUGAUAUUCAGAAGCCUGACGAAGCAGAAGAAAAGACUAAGGUGGAACUAGAACUAAAAACCAAGUCAGUAGAAAUGGAAAAGCCAAGCCUCAAGAAAGACAGAGAAAAACGAGAGGACGAUGAAACGAAAUCAAAGAGUAAAGAGAUAGAUGGAGAUUCUAACAAUGAAGAUCGUAAAAUAAAGGAAGAAAAGGAGGGAAAGAAGAAGAAACAGGAGAAAUGUGAGGAUUGUAGCGAUGAGAAAUCUGAAGAACGUAAGAAAGAGAAGAAAAAUGGCAAAGAUAAGGAAAAAGAAAAGAAGAAGAAACAGAAAAAUAAGGACAAAUGCAAGGAAGAUGAAAAGGACAAAAUUGUUGAAGAGAAGGAGAGUGGUGAAGAAAGCAAAGAUGUGCAUGAAGAUAAAGAAGAAAAGAAAAAGGAGAAUGACAAGGAGGAGAAAGAUGUAGUGAAAAAGAAGGACAAGAAAGAGAAUGAGAAAAAGAAGAAGGGUGAGAAGAAAUCCAAAGACUCUGAUGAGUUUGAAGGAGAUUUCAAUGAGAAGAGCGAGGGAAAAGAAAGUAAAGGGAAGGAAAAGAAGAAAGAUAAGGAGAAGAAACACAAAAAGGACAAAUUGAAGGGAGGGGAUUUUGAGGAAAAAUUUAAUGAGGAAUCCGAGGGAGAGAAGGAUAGAGGAAAGGCAGUUGAAAAAGAACAGGAAAAGAAGAAAGGCAAGAAGGAUAAAGAAAAGACAGCUUCAGAUGAGGGCAAGUCACAUGGAGAAUCGAUCAAGGAAACUGGAGACGAAGAAGAGGGGAAGAAGAAUCACAAGGACAAGAAAGAGAAGAAAAUCAAUGAGAAGAGUUCCAAAGUCAAAGAGGGUGAUGGAAAGAAGGGUGAAGAGGGGGAGAGAGAGAAGAAACACAAGAACAAUGAUGAGAAAGAUGAAGAUGCAGUUAAAGCCAAAGUCACAUCUAGAGAGAUUAAAAUAGAUGGAACUGGGGAAACCUCAGAUGUUGAAGCCGAGGAUAAAAACAAAGAGAAGGGUGAGAAAGACAAGAAGAAAAUGAGGGAUGAGAAGAAACGUAAACUAGAAGAGAAGUGCAAUGCUAAAGAUCUCGACAAGUUGAAGAAGAAGUUAGAGAAGAUCAAUGCUAAAAUUGAAGCUCUUCUGGACAAAAAAGUUGAUAUCUUGAGGCUGAUAAAGGAAGCUGAGGAUAAGAACCACGUUCAUACUAAGAUUACCAAAGAUUCAGAGGAUAAUGAUCUAGACGGGGUAGCGGCUGCAGCAGAGGGAGCUUAG